ACAUGUACUUACACUUAGACAAAGAUCCGUGGUCAGUGAAGUCGUUUUAUAAUAAGGUCAGAAAAGGCUUUUAAACAGUCAACAUGGUUGAGUGGACAGAUGAAGAACGCACCGCAAUCGCCACUCUGUGGUCAAAAAUCGAUGUGGGUGAAAUUGGACAACAGGCUCUGUCCAGGCUUCUGAUUGUAUUUCCAUGGACUCAGAGGCACUUUGCAUCAUUUGGCAACCUGUCUAAUCCUGCUGCCAUAAUGGGAAAUCCUAAGGUGGCCCAGCAUGGAAAGAUAGUGAUGGGUGGGCUGGAAAAAGCUGUGAAGAACCUGGACAACAUCAAGAAUGCCUAUGCCAACCUGAGUGUUAUGCACUCUGAGAAGCUUCAUGUGGAUCCUGACAACUUCAGACUUCUUGCUGAAUGCAUCUCCGUGGUUGUGGCUGCCAAGUUUGGCCCAAGUGUCUUCACCGCUGGUUUCCAAGAGGCCUGGCAGAAGUUCUUGGCCGUGGUCGUUUCUGCCUUAGGCAGACAGUACCACUGAAGAUCUGGAGUUCCAUAAAGAAACAUCAGCAGUCAUUCAAGUCAUUCAUCAUUCCCUCAAUUGUUACCGAAUACUCCAAUAAAAAUUGGGAUAUGCAA